CAGAUGCCGCCUGGCACCGAGCGCAGCCGCCGCCGCCGCCGCCGUACUUUCCACUUGUAUUGAUCACUCCUAGCUCGGCUCAGCCUGCUCCCGGAGCGCAGCGCGGCCAGCGCGCCAGCCCUUGGCAGCUCGGGCACAGUCGGGCUCCCAGAGGAAACUCCUUGGGAGCGCCCUGUCCGGGGUGUCCUCUGCGCUCUGCAGUGUCUUUCUGUCUGCCUGGAAGGAGGAGGAGGAGAAGGAGGAGGAGGAAGAGCAGAAGGAGGAGGAGGAGGUGGAGGAGGAGGACGUCGUCUGGUCCCGGUUGGGAGGUGGAGCAGCGGCAGCAGCAGCCGCCGAGGCAGCCGCCGCCGCCGCCUCCGGAAAGGGAGAGGCAGGAGAGAUUGGGACUUGGAAACCCCAAAGUGUCGGCGACCCUGCACAGCAGGCUUCCUUCCAGCUUCAUGGGCAAAGUGUGGAAACAGCAGAUGUACCCUCAGUACGCCACCUACUAUUACCCCCAGUAUCUGCAAGCCAAGCAGUCUCUGGUCCCAGCGCACCCCAUGGCCCCUCCCAGCCCCAGCACCACCAGCAGUAAUAACAACAGCAGCAGCAGUAGCAACUCAGGAUGGGAUCAGCUGAGCAAGACAAACCUCUACAUCCGAGGCCUGCCCCCCAACACCACUGAUCAAGACCUGGUGAAGCUCUGUCAACCAUAUGGGAAAAUCGUCUCCACGAAGGCAAUUUUGGAUAAGACAACCAACAAGUGCAAAGGUUAUGGCUUCGUUGACUUCGACAGUCCUGCAGCAGCCCAGAAAGCUGUCUCUGCCCUGAAGGCUAGUGGAGUCCAGGCCCAGAUGGCAAAGCAACAGGAACAAGAUCCUACCAACCUGUACAUUUCUAACCUGCCGCUGUCCAUGGACGAGCAAGAACUUGAAAAUAUGCUCAAACCCUUUGGACAAGUGAUUUCUACAAGGGUCCUGCGUGAUUCCAGUGGCACCAGCCGCGGUGUUGGCUUUGCCAGGAUGGAAUCGACAGAAAAAUGCGAAGCUGUAAUUGGUCAUUUUAAUGGGAAGUUCAUUAAGACCCCACCAGGAGUUUCUGCUCCUACAGAACCGUUACUGUGCAAGUUUGCCGAUGGAGGACAGAAGAAGAGGCAGAACCCAAACAAGUACAUCCCUAAUGGGCGGCCGUGGCACAGAGAAGGAGAGGCUGGAAUGACACUCACGUAUGACCCGACCACAGCUGCUCUACAUAACGGAUUUUACCCUUCACCAUACAGUAUUGCCACAAACCGAAUGAUCAGUCAAACUUCUCUUACACCCUAUAUUGCGUCUCCCGUGUCCGCCUACCAGGUGCAAAGUCCUUCUUGGAUGCAACCUCAACCAUACAUCCUACAGCAUCCUGGUGCCGUGUUAACUCCCUCAAUGGAACACACCAUGUCACUACAGCCCGCCUCCAUGAUCAGCCCUCUGGCCCAGCAAAUGAGUCAUCUGUCGCUAGGCAGCACCGGAACAUACAUGCCUGCCACGUCAGCCAUGCAAGGAGCCUACUUGCCACAGUAUACACACAUGCAGACAGCAGCGGUUCCCGUUGAGGAAGCAAGUGGCCAGCAGCAGGUGGCUGUGGAGACAUCUAAUGACCAUUCUCCAUAUACCUUUCAACCCAAUAAGUAACUGUGAGAUGGACCAAAGGGUGUUCUUACAUGAAGAAGGGUGUGAAGGCUGAACAAUCAUGGAUUUUUCUGAUCAAUUGUGCUUUAGGAAAUUAUUGACAGUUUUGCACAGGUUCUUGAAAACGUUAUUUAUAAUGAAAUCAACUAAAACUAUUUUUGCUAUAAGUUCUAUAAGGUGCAUAAAACCCUUAAAUUCAUCUAGUAGCUGUUCCCCUGAACAGGUUUAUUUUAGUAAAAAACAAAAACAAAAACAAAAAAAAACACAAAAAAAAAAACAAAGAUUUUUAUCAAAUAUAAUGAUGCAAAAAAGAAAAAAAAAAAGGAGAGAAAAAGAAAACUUCAAUUUUCUGGGUAUGCACAAAGACCACGAAGACUUAUCCAAGUGCAUGACCGGAUUUUUGCGGUUUUGUUCCUUUUGUGUUUGAUGCGUCUUUUUUUUUUCCAGCUGUAUGAAAUGGGCUUUUCUGAUGAAAUUCCCACCGUCUGACGUCACCCAUGGUGUCUGUGCUUGCCGUGAGAGUGCCGCUGUAAGCCAGUGUGGCCACCCUCGGUGUCUUUUCUUAGCUUUUCAUUUUUCUUUCGACGUAGUGUGAAGUGUCUUAUCCUUUUCUAUGAAUUCCAAUUUGCCUUAACUCUUUUGAUGCUGUAGCUGUUUCAGUAAAGUUAGUUCAAACUAAUGAUGUAGAAUGCUUUGACCAAAUGGGCUGGUCUAGGACGCCUUGUAAAAAAAACAGCAGCGUAGGGGCUUUUAAAAAGGUAGUCAAUAAAAGUUGCUGAAAUUUUGGCUUUUUUAAAAUAUGUAGUAGGUGUUUUUAAUGAUUUUUUUUUCCACAUAACGUGUAAGGUAGUGAAGUGCAAGAAGGGAGAACUGUUUUGUGUGAAACACAUUUUCUGACUGGGGGACUUUUAAUAGGGUGAAUCGUUUGUAAGGCCGUACACCGACAGUUUCCUCUGAUAGUUUGACCAAUUUAGGAUAUCUGCUGUAUGAUGCAAUGUAAAGUCUUUUUUGCCUUUUUUUCAGGAAAAAAACAAAAAAACAAAAACAAAAAACUUAAUGAUGUUCUAGAUUUAGUGUAGGUAGCUUUGGGGCUGGGGGUGGGGGUGGGGGAGGGGAGUCACCGAAUGUUUUGUCCUUUAUACUAACGAUAGUGCUUUAGAAUGAGAACCAUGCCUGUGAUCUGGCAAACUGAGGGGGGGAAAAAUGUCGCUAUUGAAACUAAAUGGUAAAAGCUAAAAGUAAGGAUUUCUCUUCAAACCUGAGCUGAGAUAUGAACAGAAGAAAAAACGACUGGCUACUAGCUCUCUCUCGUGUGCGCUUGCUCACUAGCUCGCUCGCUCGCUCUCUCUGAGGUCGAUUUGAAAAACUAAAAAAUGACUUGGCACUUUUAAAGGUAACUUCACCAAAGACCGAAGAGCCAGUAGCCAGUAACUCCACCUUGUCUCAGCAUCCCAUUUUCUCUGCUCUUUAUUUUUGCCGGACCAGUUUGCGGUUAGGAGAAUGUGCCUUUUUUGUACCUUUGCAUUAGGUUUUAUAAUUUUAACUGAUGUAUGGACUCACAGAGACAAAUUUAAAAAACAAAAAAAAAAGCAUGAAGGAAGAUUUGAAUCCAAGCAGUGCCACACUUUAAGUCAUCACUACAGGUGUUCAAGUGUAAAGAAAACCAACUUUGAAACUAUGAAAUUCCUGAUUCAUAAAUACAGUUAUUUCUACUUUAGUACAUAUGAGAUAAUUCAUUGUUAUUAAUGCUCUUUUAUUAAGGCAAUUGCAUACGUUUUAAAAGCAAUGGUAAAUUAAGUUGUCUUCCAAAACUGUGUACUUGUCUGGUCAGCUACGUUUGAUCAGUUAUCUACCUCAGAGGCUUUUUCUUUUGUGCUGGGACAGGUUGCUGGCCCUCCCUGUUUCCACCGACCAAAUCCUCCUAGCUCGGGAGCUAGGGCUAAGCAGUUACUUCUUUUGAGUAUUUUUUAGUUCUUAAAUUUUAUUGCUUGUAUUUGAUGAUAGAUGUCAGUGACAUUUCAUAGUUUCAAACGUCCUUGCUGCUCUGAGAAGUGUAGAUUCUAGUGAAAAUUACAUAGUCAUAAGAGAAAUGUGUUUUCGUUUUUGUUCUUGUUUCUUUCUUUUUUUUUUUUUAAAAGAAGUUGUGGUAUUAUUGGUUCUAUGCUCCCUAAAACAUUCUGCUUUAUGGAAGUCCAGACUGAAUGCAGCACCCUCCGUAUACCUAGUAUGUUUAUCAGCCCGGGGCUCUCACUACUUGAUAUUUUUUCCAUUAGUUAAGACAGGAAGACGGUAGCUCAGUCGGUAGGGGAGGGGAAAUCUGCUGCUAGGUAUGUCUGAACUAAGUGCCAUACUCGUCUGGGUCAGAUUUGGGAAACAACCUCUGUACAUAUUAAAAAAAAAAAAGUCAGUUAAACAUCACAUAGUAGACAGCCAUUAAAUUAUAAAAAAAAAAUUAAUUUAUGAAGAAAGACCUUUUGUACAGAUUGAAAAAACAGAUUUUCAUAGAGAUAUCUAUAUGAUCAAGAGAGUUAAUUUUUUAUUUUUGUUCCUACUAGUGCUCCAUACUUGCCAGCAGUGACUUUAUUGACCGGCUCCAGAUGACUCUGUAGUUUUCUUUCCUAGGACUUGUUAAACGCCAAAAGACAUUUUUGAACUGUACAUUUGAUCAGAUUGUUAGCUUUUUCUGUUUUAUUUCUUUUGAGAACCUUUGAAUAAAAACAUCUGAAACGUU